AUGCGGCGGGGCGGUAGUAGCGAUGUUGUGGCGGCUAUGGCAAGUAGUGUAGGUUACUAUCUCUAUGUUCAGUUAAAGGCUAAAUACGGUGGUUCAUACGUGUUCACAAUGAUAGCAUCCUCAGAUCACGCAACUGAUGCUGAAAACCUAGCAAAGGGUCUCUCACCAAAUGUUAAUAAGACAUACCAAAUAUCCGGAACACAAAAAUUUGAAUUGCCAAAAGCAGCCAUCAAAAUAGCAGGUUUUUCGGGCAAUUGGGUACACGCUAAAAGCAGGUUCACUAUUCAGGCAUGGGGGCUUGCAGACACUACUCUUGAGGAUGUUUUCAUCAAAGUUGCUCGAGAAGCUCAACCAUUUGAAAUUCUCUCAUGA